AUGGCCAGAGAAAGCAGCGCACCAAAAGAGGCCCUCACCCCGGGGAGGCCAAACGAGCAACACCGUCCUUCUGUUUCCCAGCAACCCGAGUUCGGCAAACCUUCGCCGAUGGGUCAAUCUCAGUAUCGGCCCACGCAACCAACACAAUCCUCUCAGCCGACCAGAUCGAGCGAGACAAAUCAUCUCUUCAACAUCCCCAAACCGAAUCGCCCCCGUGCAGAGCAUCACCGUGACCAGCCUCGAAGCCAGCCUCAGCACCCGAGCCAUCAAUAUGGGCAGCAACACUAUGAAGCUCCCCAGGUCCAACGACCUGGACCCGCAGUUGCUUCUACGCCAGCGAAACGUGGACCUUUCGACCCCUUCAAGGCCGUCCGACCCUCCGCCUUCAAUGACCAUCGACCAGGAUAUCCCUCGGGCGCAACCCCAAUCAAACGCCCCGAGAAUACAGAUUGGACAACGCCUCGAGCUCCACGGGCACUCUUCAUGUCAAAGGGAGCGGCGCCAAAACCAUCGAAUGGAUCGAAGAAUCUUCAGGCAUUUAUUGAUUUGACCAAGGACGAUUCGGGCUCUUUCAAGAAUCAAAUGGUCUCUACAAGCUUUGGUGAAAUGGACGUGUACGGAUAUGUCGAUUCCGAAAAGGCGACCGAGAAUAUUAAAGCGCUACUCGAGGGUGCAUUCGAGGAUGAGGAGGACCAAUCUCAUCAAAAGUCCAAGAGCAAGAAAAAGGGAAAGAAGAAGAAGAAGCAGCCGCAACCCAAGAUGGGCGAACAGGGCGAUUCGAUUAAAGCCGCCAAGAAGGCCGAGGUAGAUGACCUCGACGACUUGGCUGCUCAGCUUGAGGGCGUUACUGUGAACGAUCCAAAGCCAGUGGAGCCGGCAGGAGUCUCCAACAAGAUAGUCUCCGAAGACAAAUCCGAGGCAGACGAAGACAAGAGUCUUGCCGCUAAGCAGGAGGAGGAUCAUGCCGAAGUCGAUGAGAACGAGGAUGAGGAGGACGAAGAAGACGACGAAGACGAUGAGGAGGACGAUGACGGGAGUGUCGAAGGCUUGAAAGUUACUCUCUUGCCCCACCAGAUCGAAGGCGUGAAGUGGAUGUGCGACAAGGAGACAGGUCAGCGCACCACCAAGGGAAUUUUUCCCAAAGGUGGCAUUCUUGCCGACGAUAUGGGCCUAGGCAAGACUGUACAAGCGAUUGCCUUGAUGCUCCGGAACCGCAAGCCGAUAAACGAACACAGCGAGAAUAUCGACAAAUCCGAGAAGAAAGACGACGAUGAGGAGGCACCCCCAACCUCCAAGCUUUCCAAGAGCACUCUUGUUGUCGCGCCUCUCGCUCUCAUUAAGCAAUGGGAAUCCGAGAUCGAUGACAAGGUCGAAAAGGCACACAAGCUUCGUGUCUGCUUGUACCAUGGAGCGAACCGCGCGAAAACAUCCAAGGAUCUCCACACUUACGACGUGGUUAUCACGACCUACGGAACACUGACCUCUGAGUCUGGAACUGCUGCCGCCGAUAAGGCUAAAAAGUCUGGCGUGUUUGCGAAUUACUGGUACCGCAUCAUCCUCGACGAGGCCCAUACUAUUAAGAACCGAAAUGCCAAGGCUACGCAAGCAGCGUGUGUUUUGGACGCCAAGUAUCGUUGGUGCUUGACCGGAACACCCAUGCAAAACAAUCUCGACGAACUUCAGAGUCUCAUAAAAUUUCUCCGAAUCAAACCCUUCAACGACCUCGCUACCUGGCGCGACCAAAUCAGCAGACCCCUGGCCAAUGGCCGUGGUGGAUUGGCUAUUCAACGUCUACAGGUCUAUCUGAAAGCAUUUAUGAAGCGCCGUACCAAGGACGUGUUGAAAGAAAACGAUAAGCCAAAGCUUGGCGAGUCCGUACUCGAUGCAGACGGCAAUGAGAAGAAGUCAUCUAACGGCUUCAAAAUCGUGGAGCGUGAAGUGAUCAGAGUGGACGCUGAUUUCAUGGAGGGAGAGCUGAACUUCUACAACCGCCUGGAAGCGCGUACUGAGAACAGACUGGAGGAAAUGAUGGGUGGUUCCAAGGUCGACUAUGCUGGCGCUUUGACGCUGCUGUUGCGCCUUCGGCAAGCCUGCAAUCACCCCGACCUGGUCAAGAGCGACUUGGCUGUCGACAAGGAUGUUCUUUUGCAGAAUGGCAACAGUGGAAGUCAAUCUUCACAGUCCAAGUCGAACAAUGAUCUCGACGAUGUUGCCGACCUCUUUGGUGCACUCAGUGUCGUGACAAAGAAGUGUGACGUGUGCCAGAGAGAUCUCAACCAGGCCGAUACUACGAAGGGUGUCACUCGUUGCAGUGAUUGCGAGGCCGACUUGAAUACUGACUUCAUGAAGAAGGAUAAGAAGAAGAAGCACAAGUCGAAGAAGGCUCACAAGGAAGAAAAACCCGCCGCACCAACCCGUUCACGAAAGAACCGCAGAGUCAUUGUUGACAGUGAUGAUGAAGACGAGGACGACGCGGAAUGGAUUGUACCUGAAGGCCAACGCAAAAUGCCCAACUUCUGCAAGGCCGGAGGCUUAGACGACGAAGAUGCUGAAGGGGGCGGAGAAUGGAUUGGCUCUGAUGAUUCCGAGCCCGACGAGGAUGAAAUCGACUCCCCGUCUGGCAAGCACAGGGCCCGGCCGAUUGUUCUAGAUAGCUCUGAGGAAGAGUCCGAAUCCGAGUCUGAGACAGAAGAGGAUAUCUAUGAGAAUCCCGAGGGCGAAAAUGGAGAACUGCCUUCAACCAAGAUUCGCCAUCUUAUGAAGCUUCUUCAUAAGGAGUCGGGUGACUACAAGUUCAUUGUCUUUUCGGUCUUUACCUCUAUGCUUGACAAGGUUGAACCUUUCCUCAAGCGUGCCAACAUUGGCUUUGCUCGGUACGAUGGUCAGAUGAGAAACGAUCUGCGCGAAGCCAGUCUCAACAAGCUUCGCAACAACAGUGGCACCCGCGUUCUGCUUUGCAGUCUGCGUGCAGGUGCUCUAGGACUCAAUUUGACUGCGGCUAGUCGUGUGGUAAUCCUGGAACCAUUCUGGAAUCCAUUCGUCGAAGAACAAGCCAUCGACCGCGUUCACCGCCUCAAUCAAACGAUCGACGUGAAGAUCUACCGGAUGAUCAUUAAAGGCACUGUCGAAGAACGUAUCGUCGAUCUUCAAGAUCGCAAGCGCGAGCUGGCCAACAUGACCAUUGAGGGCAAAUCCGCCGCCGGCAAGUUGACCAUGCGCGACAUGAUGGCCCUCUUCGGCCGCGACGCCGAGCACAAAUUCCAGGACAAACAGGGUACCUUGGAUUUCAAGCAACCCACUCGGCUCUUGAGCUCUGGCGAAGACCUUGGUUCUGGGCCUUCCUCGCAGUCUUCAGCUCGGUCGGAUUCGCGAGACCGGAGCCGCCCGCAGCCAUCCAAUCGGCCGAGACCAGAGGACUCGGUGUAUGGACGGCGCUGGUGA